GGGACAGCCCCCAUCGGCGGUCUUGUGUCUCUCUCCGCUCGCCUUCUCCAGUAGGAGUGCAGGGGAGGAGAGAGCCGCCGCCAAUGCCCAGCCCGCACUCAGCUGCAGCAGCCUGAUCCGGCGAGCUGCCCGGGAUUACCAGGCUUGCACAGCCCAGCUGCCCGCCGCCCGUCACCUCCGCUCCCCGCCGCCCGCAGACAUGCUGGACCCGUCUUCCAGCGAGGAGGAAUCGGAUGAGAUCGUUGAGGAGGAAUGCAAGGAGGUGCUGGCCCCCAGCACAGGGGCCCGGCUCUCCCCCAGCCGGACCAGCGAGAGCUCCGGGGGGCUGCAGCCCAGCAGCAGGAGCAGCAGUGUCCGGCCCUCCAGCCCCAGCCCGUCCGUGGUCAGUGAGAAGGAGAAGGAAGAGCUGGAGAAGCUGCAGAAGGAGGAAGAGGAGAGGAAGAGGAAGCUGCAGCUCUAUGUGUUUGUCAUGAGGUGCAUCGCCUACCCCUUCAAUGCCAAGCAGCCCACCGACAUGGCCCGGAGGCAGCAGAAGAUCAGUAAACAACAGCUACAGACUGUGAAAGACCGUUUCCAAGCAUUCUUCAAUGGAGAGACACAGAUUGUGGCGGAUGAAGCGUUCAUGAAUGCUGUGCAGAGUUACUAUGAGGUUUUCCUGAAGAGCGACCGUGUGGCAAGGAUGGUUCAGAGCGGAGGCUGCUCUGCCAAUGACUCUCGGGAGGUUUUCAAAAAGCACAUAGAAAAGAGGGUGAGGAGCCUCCCUGAAAUCGACGGCCUCAGCAAGGAGACUGUCCUGAGCUCCUGGAUCGCUAAAUUUGAUGCCAUCUACCGGGGAGAAGAAGAUCCCCGCAAGCAACAAGCCAGGAUGACGGCAAGUGCAGCCUCGGAGCUCAUUCUCAGCAAGGAGCAACUGUACGAAAUGUUCCAACAGAUCCUGGGGAUUAAGAAGUUUGAGCACCAACUGCUGUACAAUGCUUGCCAGCUCGAUAAUCCAGAUGAACAAGCCGCCCAGAUAAGACGUGAGCUAGAUGGUCGUCUUCAAAUGGCAGAUCAAAUUGCGCGGGAACGUAAGUUUCCAAAAUUCGUCUCGAAGGAAAUGGAAAAUAUGUACAUUGAAGAGCUGAAGUCUUCAGUCAACCUGCUAAUGGCGAAUUUGGAGAGCAUGCCGGUGUCUAAGGGCGGCUCCGAAUUUAAGCUUCAAAAGCUGAAACGCAGCCACAACACAUCAAUCAUAGACAUGGGGGAAGAGAAUGAAAACCAGCUCUCCAAAUCCGACGUUGUCCUGUCGUUCAGUUUAGAGGUUGUAAUAAUGGAAGUCCAAGGAUUGAAAUCACUGGCUCCGAACCGCAUUGUGUAUUGUACGAUGGAGGUGGAAGGAGGGGAGAAGCUACAGACAGACCAGGCAGAAGCGUCUAAACCAACUUGGGGGACGCAAGGGGACUUCAGUACAACGCAUGCACUGCCCGCUGUUAAGGUCAAACUGUUUACCGAGAGCACCGGAGUGUUGGCUUUGGAGGAUAAAGAACUCGGAAGGGUCGUCCUACACCCGACCCCCAACAGCCCCAAACAGUCAGAAUUUCAUAAAAUGACAGUGUCGAAAAACUGCCCCGACCAUGAUUUGAAAAUCAAACUAGCUGUCCGAAUGGAUAAACCACAGAACAUGAAGCAUUGUGGGUACUUAUGGGCGAUCGGUAAGAACGUGUGGAAGAGGUGGAAAAAGCGUUUCUUCGUCUUGGUGCAGGUCAGCCAGUACACAUUCGCUAUGUGCAGUUAUCGAGAGAAAAAAGCAGAACCACAGGAACUCCUGCAACUUGAUGGGUACACUGUGGAUUACACAGAUCCACAGCCAGGCUUGGAAGGUGGAAGAUCCUUCUUCAAUGCAGUCAAAGAAGGUGACACCGUGAUCUUUGCAAGUGACGACGAACAAGAUAGAAUUUUGUGGGUCCAAGCGAUGUAUCGCGCCACCGGUCAAUCUCACAAACCUGUACCACCCACUCAGGUUCAAAAGCUCAACGCUAAGGGAGGAAAUGUGCCGCAACUUGACGCGCCAAUAUCCCAAUUUUAUGCCGACAGAGCUCAAAAACAUGGCAUGGAUGAAUUUAUCUCUUCAAACCCAUGUAACUUUGACCACGCCACCCUAUUUGAGAUGGUUCAGCGUCUCACCUUGGACCACAGACUCAAUGACUCGUACUCUUGCUUGGGUUGGUUCAGUCCUGGUCAGGUGUUCGUCCUUGAUGAAUAUUGUGCCCGUUACGGAGUGAGAGGUUGUCACCGGCACCUGUGUUACCUUAGUGAUUUACUGGAGAGGGCAGAGAACGGAGCCAUGAUUGACCCAACCUUGCUCCAUUAUAGUUUUGCCUUCUGUGCAUCACAUGUACACGGAAACAGGCCUGAUGGCAUCGGAACAGUUACAGUUGAAGAAAAAGAGCGAUUUGAAGAGAUCAAAGAACGGCUGCGUUUACUUCUGGAAAAUCAGAUCACACAUUUUAGGUAUUGUUUUCCAUUUGGUCGACCAGAGGGAGCAUUAAAAGCAACUUUAUCCUUAUUGGAGAGGGUUUUAAUGAAAGAUAUAGUUACUCCUGUUCCACAAGAAGAUGUGAAAACUGUUAUCCGGAAAUGUUUGGAGCAAGCCGCUUUAGUCAACUACACCAGAUUAUCCGAAUAUGCCAAAAUUGAAGGGAAAAAGAGAGAAAUGUAUGAACACCCUGUCUUCUGCUUGGCCUCCCAAGUGAUGGAUUUAACCAUUCAGAAUCAAAAGGAUGCAGAAAACGUAGGUCGAUUAGUAACCCCUGCCAAAAAGCUAGAAGACACAAUACGACUUGCAGAGCUUGUCAUUGAAGUACUCCAGCAAAAUGAGGAACAUCACGCAGAGGCCUUUGCUUGGUGGUCAGACUUAAUGGUAGAACACGCAGAAACAUUCCUCUCACUGUUUGCGGUGGACAUGGACGCAGCGUUGGAAGUGCAGCCGCCAGAUACGUGGGACAGUUUUCCAUUGUUUCAGCUGAUAAAUGAUUUCCUCCGCAGUGACUAUAAUUUAUGCAAUGGAAAAUUCCACAAACAUCUCCAAGACCUGUUUGCUCCACUUGUUGUCAGAUAUGUCGACCUCAUGGAGUCUUCAAUUGCACAAUCAAUUCACAGGGGCUUUGAGCGUGAAUCAUGGGAGCCAGUAAAGAGUUUAACAAGUAAUCUGCCCAAUGUGAAUCUUCCAAAUGUGAAUCUCCCUAAAGUACCUGUAGCCCUACCAGUUAACCUCCCACAAAUGCCUAGCUUUUCUGCACCGUCAUGGAUGGCUGCAAUAUAUGAUUCUGAUAAUGGAUCAGCCACUUCGGAGGAUUUGUUCUGGAAACUCGAUGCCCUACAAACCUUUAUUAGAGAUCUCCACUGGCCGGAAGAAGAAUUCGGGAAGCACCUUGAGCAGCGCCUUAAGCUAAUGGCUAGUGAUAUGAUCGAGUCUUGUGUAAAAAGAACUAGAAUUGCUUUUGAGGUGAAGUUGCAGAAAACCAGCCGAUCGACGGACUUCCGGGUGCCUCAGUCCAUCUGCACCAUGUUUAAUGUAAUGGUUGAUGCGAAAGCACAGUCAAUGAAGCUCUGCAGUAUGGAAAUGGGACAAGAGCACCAGUACCAUUCAAAAAUUGAUGAGCUAAUUGAAGAAACAGUCAAAGAAAUGAUAACACUUUUAGUUGCAAAGUUUGUGACUAUUCUAGAGGGAGUACUGUCCAAACUCUCGAGAUAUGAUGAAGGAACCUUAUUUUCCUCUUUCCUAUCAUUUACUGUCAAGGCAGCUUCCAAGUAUGUGGAUGUUCCAAAACCAGGAAUGGACGUCGCUGAUGCCUAUGUCACAUUUGUGCGUCACUCUCAGGAUGUCCUUCGUGAUAAGGUCAAUGAGGAGAUAUAUAUAGAAAGGUUAUUUGAUAAAAGGCUGGAUGAUAAUAGUUCUGUCAUGUGCCUGAGAAUUUUUGAGGGUUUCAUUAAUGUGAUGUAG